AUGGGAGAGAUCAUGGUGGAGUGCAAAGACGAGAAGUUGAAAGACAGUGUUUUUGAGCAAGUCAUAGAGGUCGAAGGGAAGACAAAGAACGCAAUAGAAAUUAAGCCCAGACUCUUUGCGGAACAACUCUUUGUGUUUGAUAAGUGGAUCAUGAAAGGAUUGACAGUUGGAGACGUGUUAGACCAAAGCGACAAUUUUAAGAUCUACUCGAAGAGAAUCAGUUGUAUUGAAUAUAUCACACAGGCUUUUCUGAUUGGGUCAGAAAAGAAAAGAAAAACGUUUGAGUUCUUUGUGGAUGUCAGCGAAGAGUGUGUGUUGUGUGGGGAGUACAACAACGCGUUUUUACUGUUCACGUCGAUCAACUCACUGAUCUUGAAGUUCGCAGAGGAGUGGCAAAACAUCGGUAAAACACAGGCGGAGAAGUUCAAACGCCUUCAAAUGAUAUUUGGAAUUUCACAAACGAAGUUCUAUAAUAAACACUUCUCUGAAUAUACAGGAACAAAGGUGCCAAUUAUUGCAAAUGUCAUUGCAAUUGUUGAACGAAGUAAAGAAACUAAACUAUCUGAAUUGAGCGGAGAAGAACUUAACAAAGCUUUUGCGUUGAAGCUUCGAACAGUUGGUGCUGUAAUUGAACCACUCUAUCACUGUCUUAACUCGGAAACUCCUUUUACUCCUUUGGCAGACUUGCAAAAGUUUUUUUGGAGGUGUGUUAACUCUAAUUGA